GGUCCAGCAACCCGCAGGAUGUCGGAGGUGCGGCUGCCACCGCUACGCGCCCUAGACGACUUUGUUCUGGGAUCAGCACGUCUGGCUGCUCCGGAUCUAUGCGACCCGCAGCGAUGGUGCCACCGCGUCAUCAACAACCUCCUCUACUAUCAAACCAACUACCUUCUCUGCUUUGGCUUUGGUCUCGCUCUGGCUGGGUACGUGCGUCCGCUGCACACGCUCCUGAGUGCGCUUGCAGUGGUGGUGGCCCUCGGCGUGCUGGUGUGGGCGGCUGAGACCCGCGCAGCAGUACGCCGCUGCCGCCGCAGCCACCCAGCAGCCUGCUUGGCAGCAGUACUUGCCGUCGGUCUCCUCGUUCUCUGGGUCGCGGGUAGCGCUUGCACCUUCCUGAUCAGCAUCGCCGGGCCGGUCCUUUUGAUCCUGGUGCAUGCCUCGCUGCGCCUGCGCAACCUUAAAAACAAGAUCGAGAACAAGAUCGAGAGCAUUGGUCUCAAGCGAACGCCAAUGGGGCUGCUACUAGAGGCCCUGGGACAAGAGCAGGAGGCUGGAUCCUAAGGGCCUGGAAUCUGCACCCAAGGGCCUAGAGAACAGCAUCCCACCCCAGCCCAUACCUGGGACCCAGAGCCCUUUCCCAGACUUUAAGAUAGGAGCCUAGAACCCCUAGUCCAAACAAGACCUCUGUGAAUGUGCCCCACAUGCAAAAUCAGGAUUUCCUUGGAUCCAAACCCCUAUUAUUUAGAUACCAGAGACUUCUCCAGCCCCGAACUUGGGACCCACAGCCACCUACAUUCACCUCCAAAACUGGGGCUCGAGACCAGAGCAUCCCUGACCAAUCUCAAACUAUGGACUCAAGAGAUACCCCCCAACCCAAAUUUGGGAUUCACUGGUAUUCCAUUCUGGGAUCCCAUGCCCAGGGCAAGGAAUUCUCAACACAAGAUACCCGGACCAAGGCUUUUCUAGCCCCACCCCUGCUUUGAACCAGAUUAAGGCAUUGCCAAAUCUUGACCCCCAAACCAAGUGUUCUCAGGCCUCACCUGGGUGGAGUCAGAAUACCUGGCUGUUGGAUCCUUGGUCCCAGGUGAUCCCCCAACCCUCACAAGUCCCAGUAGCUUCCCUCCAGCUCUCCAGAUUUGGUUCCUUUCCCCAACAUUCCAGUGUCAAGGACCAAGGGGUGGAGAAGCCCCAGCAGGGAAGAGGAUAUCUGUAUCAGUAUUACUGCAACAAUAAAGCCGUUU